CCGGUUCUAAUCCUCCGUCAAUGGAGAACAAAGAGGUUUGCCUUGUUUGCCAAGAUUUUUCAAGCGGAUAUCAUUAUGGAAUACCUUCAUGUAAUGGAUGCAAGACCUUCUUCCGUCGUACAGUGAUGAAAAAACAAAAGUUUGUAUGCCAAUUCGAUCAAAACUGCCCUGUUGAUAAAAGCAUCCGAUGUGCAUGCAGAUUUUGCCGUUUCGAAAAAUGCUUGAAGGUAGGAAUGGACAAGACUUCUCUUCAAGCAUCAAGAGAUCCAAUUGGUUAUACUAAAAGAAACAAGAAGACUUUACGGCACCCAAUGAAUGAAUUGAGCGGUGAUGAAUCGAAUAGUUGUACACCAGACAGACAGUUAUCUCCUCUUCGGUCGUUUGAGAACAGUUUGAAUUUUCUUGCCGUGAGGGAGAGAUCAGCAAAUGAACUUCGAAUGUCUUCAUAUCUUCCAAAACGAAGUCUGAAGCAAGCACUUUGCUCAAAACCUCUCAUUAAUGAUCCUAUUUUCAUGAGUAAACAUGCAACAGUGUCACCUCGUCAUACUUUUGAAAAACUGAGAUUUAUCACUCAAGAUGAUUAUCAUUACUGGCACGAGAGAGAUUGGUUCGUUCUCACUGAAUAUGCAAAAACGUUCAAGGUUUUUAAGAAUAUGCCAUAUCAUGAUAAAACGGAAUUAGUUUGCCAUGCAGCUAUUGUCAUUCCUGUUCUCAAUCAAGUUUAUAAUUCCCCAGAUUAUGGGCUUGAUACCGUAGUAUUUCCGGAUGGAACAUAUUAUGAUAGAACUCAUGAACCUACAAGACCAGCUGGACUUAACCGCAAGAAGUACCAAGUGCUAGAUCUUGUUUUGAAACCGUUUAGAGAAAUGGAAAUUAAUUUCAAUGAAUUUGCAGCAUUUAAAGCAAUCACAUUUUUAAAUCCAGAUGCGGAUAUUUCCCUUGAAUCAAAACAUGCAAUUAAUGAGGAACGUGUUUUAAUCACAAAACAAUUGUAUGCGUAUAUGGUACAGAAGGACGGGUUGGAGAAAGCAAUUUACAGAUUUGGGCGAUUAAUUCUUAUGGGUACUUCAAUGUCAAAAAUGGCUUGUGAAUCAAAGGAAGCUGUUUGGAUUGCUGAUUUCUUUGAAAAUAUUGGUUUCACGUCUUUUGCAAAGGAGCUAAUUUUUGGAGAUCACUAAUUCUGCUCCCAAGUUUUAUGAUCUCAUAAUUUAUGUUCAGUUAUUUUUUUCAGUUUAAGGAAUCGUUUUAAAUAUGCGAUUUCAGUUUAUCGUUAAUGAUGUUUCAAAUGUUCUAUAAAACCACAAAAUUCUAAUAAAAUUAAUUUUCACUCCUA